UCAAUGCAUUUGCCUCUAGUAAUUGUAGGCUGACUCCCAAAGCCCAAAGGUGGAGCAGGAGUACGCAGUGAGCCAAGUUCAAUCGCAGGUAAAAAGUUUCAGCGGCUGCUGCACAGAUCCCCCAACACGACGUCACGUUGUUCCUCUGUUAUACUUCGAUAAGCCUCUAAUGGCAGCAGCUGUGGAAACUUCACCAUCUUUGGAGAUUUUAGUUCGAGAACCGGAGGGAUAUUCUAUCUGGAAUGGGCCUCCAUUCAACAAUAAUAAUCAACCUGGAAUUAUGCUUGAAAAAGCUCCUUGCACUAGUGCCAAGUUUAGUGAGGAUGGUUCUAGGCUUAUGGUGACGAAAUCUGAUUCUUCUACAAGUGUUUACGACUCCAGAACCUUGAAAGAGAUAAGAUGUUUCCAAAUCCCCAAUGUUGCUGCUUCUGCCUUGUCCCCACGUGGUACUUACCUUCAAACCUUUCAGAAAUCUACUACACCCCAGGAAAAGAAUGUGGUCUUAUGGAACAUAGAGACGGGUGAUCCUGUUUACGAGCAAUUUCAGAAAAACAUGACAAAAGCCACAUGGCCUUCAAUCCAGUUCAGUUCUUAUGAAGCUGUUGCAUGCCGGCUUGCUACAAACGAAAUACAGUUUUUUGAUGCUGUAGAUUUCUCUAAAGGAAUUUCGCAUCGGCUAAGAAUUCCUGGGGUGGCUGCAGUUGAGCUUUCCAAGGCACCUGGGUCCCAUGUGGCUGCAUUUGUGCCAGAAUCUAAGGGGAGUCCAGCCAGUGUCCAGAUAUAUGCUUGUGGGAAAGAGUUGCAAAGCCAACCUCUUGCUCGGCGGAGCUUUUUCAGAUGUUCUACAGUGCAGCUAAAUUGGAAUCAUGGCUCUACAGGGCUUCUAGUUGUGGUGCAAUCUGAUGUUGACAAGACUAAUCAGAGUUAUUAUGGAGAAUCAAAGCUGACUUACCUUACAACUGAUGGGACCCAUGAAGGACUUGUACCCCUUCGUAAGGAGGGGCCUAUUCAUGAUGUUCAGUGGUCAUAUUCUGGGAAAGAAUUUGCUGUUGUUUAUGGAUUUAUGCCUGCAAGUGCAACAGUAUUUGACAAAAAGUGCAAACCAUUACUUGAGCUGGGAUCUGGUCCUUACAAUACCAUCCGAUGGAACCCAAAGGGGAAAUUUCUGUGUGUUGCUGGUUUUGGUAACUUGCCUGGUGACAUGGCAUUUUGGGACCUCGUAGAUAAAAAGCAGCUUGGAACAACUAGGGCUGAAUGCUCUGUGACAAGUGAGUGGUCUUAUGAUGGACGCUAUUUCAUGACUGCAACAACAGCUCCAAGACUCCAAGUUGACAAUUGCAUUAAAAUUUUCCACCACAAUGGAUCCUUGUUCUUUAAGAAGAUGUUUGACAAGUUGUUCCAGGCUGAUUGGAAGCCAGAGUCACCAGAUAAGUUUGGUGAAAUUGCUGAACUUAUUAAGUCCGUUGAUUCCAUGAAGGUUGAAGAAACCAAACCACGAGGACAAGGGUCAACCUCCAAAAAAACUGCCUCUGCCAAUCCUCCUGCACAGAAACCUGCUGCAUAUCGCCCUCCACAUGCUAAGAAUGCAGCUACAGUUCAGGCAGAGUUGUUUGGAGGGAGUAGUGCAGGAGAAAUGAGCAAGAAUGCGCUCAGAAACAAGAAGAAGAGGGAGAAACAAAAGGAGAAAAAAGCGACUGAGGCAGCUGCUGCAGCAGAUGCUACAUGAUCAAGUGCAGUUUUACCCUAAUAGCACUUAAAACUGUUUAAACCUGGAUACCCUGCAGUCACCAGUCUUGAGCUGUAAUAUUCAUUUGUCCUGUAUGAUUUUGGGCUUUGCCUUACCUCUCAUUUCCUUCUGUUUUUUUUUUUUUCUCAAGAGGAUACUGGAGAAAGGGGGGUGUGGGUUGAAUAAAAAUUUUGAGCCGAACAGAAUAUUUAUGCACAUAGAAGCAUGUGUUCUAUCUUUUC